CGCUCUCUUAUUGGCUGACGGUUGACCUGCAGACAGGUGAGGAUGGCAGCUCGUGCUGACAUGGUGCUGCUGCUGCUGAGUGGUUCGGUUCUGCUCGGACUCUCCGCCGGUCCCGGACACUCCUCUUCCUCCUCGGCUCCGGAUUCUGAGCGCGGCAGGGUGGAGCUGCGGCGCGUGCGCACCCUCGCGGCUCAGUCCCGGUACGGAGAGUGUUGGGCGCGAGCUCUGGAGCACCUGGACGCGAGCUGCAGGGACUUGACGUCGGAGAGCCAGAGCUUGAUCGCGCUGCGGUUCACCCACUGUCACCUGAGCAGCUCAGGCAGGGAUUUCCCAGCAUGCCCUGAGGGGUCAGAGGUCAGCAGAUGUACAGCUGGCAUGGACACAGUGGCGUUUAACAGCUACACAGAGUUCUUCACACACACUCACUCCAUGUGCCACUUCCUGCAGUCUGAGGCCUGGCAGCGCCAAGCAGAAAACACCAUUUACAGGCUGACGGAGAGCUCGGCAGGUGUAGCCGAGCAGCUUCAGUCCACCAGGCUGAUGGCUGAGGAGCUGAUUGAGGCCCAGAGUGCUGCCUUGCAGGCGCAGAAGGCGAUCCUGUCCAAUGGCGAGGAGCUCAGAGUCACACUCAGAGACUCAACGCAGGGUCUGCGGUCGGUGUUCUCAGAGCUCAGCAGCACCUCGAGGGAGCAGCAGGUGGCGCUGUCCGAACUCUUCAACAGAGUUUCCUUUUUGCAGAGUUUCCUUCUGAUGGAGACUCACAGCCUGAGCUCCUGCUGCUACAACGCCGCUGCCCUCUGCACCUCCUUCCUCAUCACCUCCACCCCACGCUCCUCCAGAGCCAGGUUGGUGUUGUUGAGUUUAGUGUGUUUGAAUUUCUACCUGGAGAGAAAGAUCUACCAGUUUGUGCUGAGCUCUGAUAAUCCUGAGCACCAACACAUGGAGCUGCUCACUGUGUACGUGAGUGCGUUGAGGCGAUUCAUGGUGUGUGUUGGAGUGUGUGUUCUGCUGGUGGUGUGUGUGCGCUACAGGGACCCGGUGCAGCAGAGUCUGCAGGUGCUGCAGCAGCUCAGAGAGACUCAGAGGAGCCUGCAGGAGGCGCUGCAGCAUGCAGAGAGUUUAGGGGAGCGACGGAGGACGGCAGAGGACGAUCAGCUUCCUGUGAAGGUGAGAACAUCAGGAGACAGUUCAGGUGUACACGCCUGCAUGAGAUCAGAGAGCAGAAGAAGAGAGGAGAUGCUGAGGAGGAAGGAGGAAAGAAGAGAAGAGGAAGACAGGGAGGACAUUUCGCUGUAUCCCACCACUGGUGGCUCAGACCCAUCGAACCUCUCGCACUUCGGUUGGAGCAGCGACAGCAUCUUCGGCAGCACCGAGAACACCUCAUCAGCCGACUCCACCCUCAGGAACAGUUCCCACAACGCCUCAGUGCGUCAGAGUCCAGGCAGGCGUCCUCGCCGCUCAUCCUCUCGCCUUCCUCGGUCUCCCCCCUCCUCCCCGCUGGUGUACAGCAUCCUGGUGGAGGACAAACAGGUAGGGAGGGCUGAUUAUUGAGUAUUGAUCUGUAGGGUUAAACUGUUACAACCAAAAUUAAAAAGCUGAAUAUUGAUUCUGUAAACCCGGAAACUCACAGACGCAAACACGGACUGGGAAAUAUCGACGAGCUGUGAAUCUGAUC